AUGCUCUGCCCGUUGGCUCCUGAAGAGCCAGACAAGCCGGCAGGCGGAAACGGAGAGCCGGACGAGAGCGAGCCGCAGGAAGAGCAGGAGCUUGUAGGUUACAUCGGAGCGGCUAAUGGCACGGGAAUUCUGGCGGAAUACGGGAGGGAUGCUGACGCUGUCCGCGAUGCGUUGCCGAUGGCUCUCGAAAACUUACCACUUAAUUUCGCCCAGUACUCCAUUGGAUACGGUCGGAUGUUCGUCCUCUUUGAGAGGCACAAUCCGGGGUUGGUCCUUGUGCUGCUGGGAUACAACCCGCUCUCCAAAUCCCAAGCCUGCGACCUUCUGACCAGCUUCUCCCAGGCGCUCGCUACAGUCACAGGGGUUACAAUCACGCCCCACUCCUCCGCUACGGCCCUGAGCGGGCAUCGUGGGAUCGUCCAUGGCUUGUGUGAAGAGGUGCGUUGCGGUGUGUCGGUGUGUGAAGAGAUGCAUUGCGGUGUGGAGGUGCGUGGGGCCGUGGAGGGACAUUGUAACAAGGUGAGGCGUAUGGGAGGGGCGGGUGACGGAGGAGGGGAGGGUGACGAGGAGGGGAGGGUGACGGAGGAGGGGAGGGUGACGCUGGGGGGGGGAGGCGCUGGCUGGGCUGACGAGUGGGGUUCGAGGCGUGGUGGGAUCGUCCAUGGCUUGCAUGUGAGCGUGUGGGAGGGGCGGAUGAUGCUGCGGGAGACUCUUGCUGGGCUGGCGAGUGGGGUUCCAGGCGUGGUGUAUUCGUCGAUGGCUUGCGUGAAGUGGUGCGUUGGGGUGUGGAGAGGUGCGGUGGGGCGUGGAGAGGUGCGGUGGGGGCGUGGAGAGGUGCGGUGGGGCGUGGAGAGGUGUGGUGGGGCGUGGAGAGGUGAGGAGGGGCGCGGAGAGGUGAGGUGGGGCGCGGAGAGGUGA